AAGAAGAUUGUAUUGGAAGAAGUUUUCUGACAUUUUUGCUGUUUGUUGAAAAGUCGCCCGUUUAUUAAUAAUCUAGAGUGGCGAAAAUGUCUCGUUCUGUGCGCGCCGAGACCAGGAGCCGGGCCAAAGAUGACAUUAAGCGUGUUAUGCAGGCUGUGGAUAAAGUUAGGCACUGGGAGAAAAAAUGGGUCACAAUUGGUGAAACAACAAUGAAGAUCUUCAAAUGGGUACCCAUCUCCAGUAGUGAGCAGAAGAAGAAGAUUACAAAGGGAGAAAAUAAGGAGAAUCUCAAGGCAAUUGAGCACAGAGGCUUUGGGGAAGAUUCAAACACUUGCUUCUCGAUGGUCAGUGAUUCUCAGGAGUUUGUGUCCAGCAUGCCAUUCUCUGAGGACUCCAAUUCUCAGGGUAGUGAGGAGAAUCCUCCGCCGACGCACAAACGCCUAAAGGCUGAAUGACGAUCAUAGAUACUUUAAUGUGCUGGACAGGUGGGCUCGUAAGUGCAUUCCCCACAGAGCCCCCACUUGAGACCCCAUAAUAAGUGAUUUUAUCCACCACACAAUUCCUUUCUGCGUAACAUUACCGAUUAAGAAGGACAAUUACUUUUCCAAACAUUUCCACGGACCUGUCUACUGCUGUGGAUGAUUUAAUCCAGUCAUUGGUGGACACUUGCGUGGUUUGUGUGAGAUUUUCAGAAUAUUUCUGUAUUUUGCGUAAGAGUCUGGUGAGUGAGGAGAUUUUAAAUUGUAAUAUUGAAUUAUAUUAAAUAUAAUAAUGUAAUAAAUUAUACAUAAUAGACAUCUUA